AUGCAUAACUUCAUUUCCAUCGUUGGCCUCUUUUUUCUGUUAACACCCAUAUUGGCUGGCCCAAUCCAGAGGCCUGAUAAUGUAAUACGUCGUUUGAACCAGCCACAGAAACGCUAUGUAGUGAACGGCCUUCUCUCACUGACUCACGGGCCGCCGAAGAGACGGCAAGCUCCCACAGACCCGGCGAACAAUGCCGCGGCGGCAAGCCCAACCACCACAUCGAGCAUCAACCCGUUCGCAGCGCAGACAGGGAGUGGAACAGAGAAUGGAGCGGUCCCUGCUGUUGGCGUGGGAGGAGACAAUACCAGUCUGGUCAGCCUGUUGACGCAGACCACCAUCGAAGUGGCCACUCAAACGGCGGCGUCAAGCGAGACGACAACUGUUGCAACGACAACGACGGAGAGCUCCGCCGCCGAACAAUCGACAGCUUCAUCUGACGGGCCUGCAGGCUCCACAUCCGGCGUGGUGGGCACGGGGACAGCCAUCGAACCCAAUACAGCGCAGACCGGAGCACAGGAUCAAUCGACCUCAACCGUCACGGUGCAAGCCCAAACGACCAUCUUCCAGACCGUGUUUGUAACAGCUGAAGUCACUACUGCGUCAACUACUGAUUCCGGGUCGGUGCCUACAACAGCUUCAACCGCCGUGGCAGAAUCUUCUCCCGCAUCCAGCACGGGAGCUGGAGACCAAGGAGACCAACAGUCCGCCGGGGUCGUGACGAUUGUGUUCGUCACCGCCAGUCCGACAUUCACUGGCCCCAUCGGUGGAUACACGACGCUCACGCCAGAUGCGAACGCCGCAAGCACCGCCACCGAUGAACAAGAGCCGACAUCGACAAGCACCUCGACUGCUGCGGAGACCGCGACCGCUACCGACGCAGCCGUACCGCCUUCAUCGUCUUUUCCGGAGCAGCCAGCCACUCAAGCCACGCCAAACACUUCCUCGACUACCUCGACUACCUCGACUACAGAACCACCUGCAGGGGCUACCCCCUCUCCGGCAACAUCGUCAACCACGACUUCGGCGACGGGUGGAGGUGGAUUAGCCGUGAUUCCGGUCACGCCCAAUCCAGUUCAAGCCCAGGCGACAGUGACGGUGACUGAGACUGUGACCACGACGGUUACGGCGCGGUAG